AUGGCGCGGCGCGGCCGGCGGCGGCGGCGGGGGGCGGCGGCGGCGGCGACCCGCGGCAAGAAACAGGUACCCAAGGAUGUGGCCAACAUUUUUAAUGCCCCCAGUGACAGUGAAGAUUUUCCAGGAUUCCAGGAAGAUGAUGCUUCCAAACAGAGCUUCUUGUCAGAGAACAACUGUGCUAGUUUUGAUUCCCCAGAGUCUGGAAAAGAGGGGCUCCGGUUUCAGUCCAGAUACCUCACUGAAGAGCUGCGGAGGAUUUUCACUGAGGACACUGACUCUGACACGGAAGUGUUUGAGGGCUUCGCUUCAAACGAGGUGCAUGUGAACAAGAAAGAAGUUCUGGUGCUGGAGUCAGAUGUGAGCGAUGAAGAACGUGAUAAUGUGUUGGGUAAUGAGAAAGAAGAGGGGGAAGAGGUGAAGAAGGUUUCCCCCAAGAGAAGAAGCAUUGGCCUUCGUGUUGCUUUACAGUUUCCAACUAGGAAGUCAUCUGAGAAAAAAGUGCCUGAGCAGGCUUUAUCUGAUUUACCUCUAAAGGACAAUGAAUCCCUCACACCUCUUUCAAAAGAAAUAAGCCUCAAGGGAUCGGACAAAGUAGAAGGCUCAGCUUCAGAGUCUGAAGAAGACAUUAAAGAAUCACAGGAGGAAAGUUCCAGUGCACUGCUUAAGAGAGCCAUAAAUAUUAAAGAAAAUAAAGCCAUGCUUGCCCAACUGCUGGCAGAACUGAAUUCCAUACCGGACCUGUUCCCAGUGAAAACGCCCGCCUCGACUCCUUCAAAACAGAGGAAAACCCCAAGGAGGACAUUUUCUGAAGGCCAGAUAGCACGUCGAAUGAACCCAACCAGAAAUGCUCGUCCACCAGAAAAAUUUGCCUUGGAAAAAUUUACUGUGUCGGCUGUCAAAUUUGCAGAACACAUCCGUAACUACAGACAACAAAACCUCUUGAAGAGACUCAGUGUGCAGGGGGAUUGUGGAGUGCGCAAAAGAAGGAGAUCAUCUAAAUAUUCGUCUCAUCGUCCGGUAGAAGACAUAACUGAGGAGGACUUGGACAACAUUGCAAUCACUGUUAGAGACAAAAUCUAUGACAAAGUUCUAGGUAGUACUUGCCAUCAGUGUCGACAGAAGACAACCGAUACAAAGACAAUCUGUCGCAACCAGGGCUGUGGAGGAGUAAGGGGGCAGUUCUGUGGACCAUGUCUUCGAAAUCGAUACGGUGAAGAUGUGAAGUCAGCUCUGCUUGAUCCAGCCUGGAUCUGUCCUCCUUGUCGUGGAGUGUGCAACUGCAGCUACUGCCGCCGGCGGGAUGGGCGCUGUGCCACCGGCAUGCUCAUCCACCUGGCCAAGUUCUAUGGCUACAACAAUGUCAAGGAGUACCUGGAAAGUUUACAAAAACAACUGGCAAAUAACAAUUGAGAACACUGAACUCAAGCCGUGCCUGCAACUGGUCAAUAUGUUAACAAUUUGACUUCAGAAGUUUAUUACUAUGUUUUAUAUAAAAUAGAAUUGUAGUGUAUAGCAUAUUCAUUUCUGUAUUGGGAAUUUUUUGAUUGAUAUGGUCUUAUGCAAAAGAUCUCAGGAAAAUGUUUUGGUAGAGAAAUCUACAUGCACAGACCUAUAUGUUAAGUGAAAUGGCACUCUUGAGCUUUGAGUGGUUAAUUUUUAAUAGAGCUACACAACCACAUGAUGGAGAGCUUGGUCAAAAUGAGCAAUACUUUUAUUUAUAUAAUUGUGCAAGUUUGCAGAAAGGAUGUUUAACAGCUACCUUCAAAGCAUCCCGUCUUCAAAGAAACAAAACACCCUUGUCUACCAGCUCAACCAUAAAGAUCCAUUUUUCCAGCUCGGCUUUCUGAACCUGUUCCACCACCUGUAGUUUAUGGAACUUGUCCUUGCAAAGAAGGAAGAGGUACUUUCACCUGAAUGCCAUUAUAUUCCAGCCAAAGCUGAUACAAUCAACUGGUGGGAGGAUUUUUUUUAAAUUCUAUUCCAAAGUGCAAUUAUUCACCAAAACAUUAAAAUAGAAGAGUGUUUAGAAAAAAAAUAUCCCAGUAAAAAAACAAAACAACAAAACUCACCAGCAGUUUUUGUGUAGUACACCUGCUGCCUGAACCAUCUGCCCAGCUGUUGUAACUGGUCUAUAUCAGAGUUCAGGAUUAAUUUCUCUACUUAUUCUUAGCUAUUUUUUCAUUUGUACAACCAGGCUUUCAAACAACUUCUUUUAAAUGCAACAUAUUUGUAUUGCAUGUUAAAGUAUGUUAAAAUUUGUGUAAGAUAUACGUUUCAUUUUAUGUAGAGAGAAUAAAGACUGAUCUAAAGAGGA